AUGGUGAAUAGGAAAAUUUCAAUCGAGAUGCCAUCUGUCACUUCUGAUGGCAUCACGUCGCUCGUGAUGAUGAUGAUUGUUUGGAUACAAAUUAUAACAUUAUUCAUUGGAAUCAGUAAUUUUGGAGUAAACGCAUAUGUUUUUGAAACACGAACACCACUCACAUGUGCUGAAGCUGCCACUAAAUGUAUGUAUUUUCAAAUUCUCUCAAUUUCACACAAUUUCUUGUUAUUUUCCGUCCACCUGCCAAUAUCUUAUCUUCAUACAGACCGAUACGAAAAGAAUGUGCUGGGUCUAUCACCAACCUUCAUUCCUCCUCCGAUGUAUCCUCAGGAAGCGACAUGUACCCUUGUUGAGAAUGGGAAUUCUCACUAUCCGAGCUUCAAUUUAAAAUUGACAAGUGGCUCGCCUACGUUCAUUUCUGGAAAACCAGCCUUCCUGUACAAUCCAAACUCAAACAUGUCCAUCUAUCUUUCUGAACCUAUUACUUUUAUCAAAGCAGAUAAUUUGUUUUUCAAUUCAUAUAAUUCUUUGGUUUGGCAAUUUUUACAUGUGAAAGAUUUGCUGCUAGCUCAAAACUUUGUGGUUACUCCUUCGGACACAGAUAAUCAUUUUUAUGGAGGAGCAUGUGGAAAAAUUAUGGCAAACCCUAGUGUGAAUGGUCUGUCACUCAUGCUAGGUUCUGUAUUUUUAUCAAAUUGUUCAAUGAUUAAUGGAUAUUAUGAUAGUGUGGUUGGAUAUGGUGCAACCUUGAAUAAUCCUCCACCUGAAAUGUUACCUUCAAAUCCAGCAUUUUCAUUAUUAACAAAUUAUUCUGGAAAUUAUUCAUAUAUUGGAGUUGGUUUUAAACCAGCAGGUGUUCCAAAGGUAAUUGACACAUCAACAGGACUUGUUCAAGAAUUAUCGUUCUUAUUUGGUAGUACUUGUACUGCCAAUGAUGAAUGUAGUGGAAAUGGUGUUUGUAUCACCUCCAAUACUGGAUGUCGCUGUUUUUCAGGUUAUUAUGGACCAAAAUGUAAUUUACAAAUGAGUAAUUUAACACAAGCAGAACCACAACAGCCAUCCAGUGCAAACAGCACCAAUGGAGAUUGUAUUUUGUGGAUGAGAGGAGAAGACACGUAUGCUGAUUAUUAUUCUAAUGUUAUUAGUAGUACCAUCACAAACCCAUUAUUCGCUCCAGGAGUUAUGGGAAAAUCCAUGUAUUUUGAUCCUUCCAGUGUAAAAAUUGAUGAAAGGAUAGAAAUUAAGGACUUUGCAUUCCCCAAAGAUGAGGUCACUGUAUCUUUUUGGAUGAAAUCAACCAAUGAGGGUGAUCAUUUGGAAAAGGGAACUCCAUUAGCUUAUCAAACCGAUGAUCUUAGCUUUGGAUUUUUGAUUGAUGAUUAUCGAAGUCUAAAGCUCUCUGUCAAUGGUUCUUUUGCCUUUCGUUCUGCACUCAAUGCAGCCACAGUUUUUGACACCACUGUGAAUUUGAAUACAAAUUCAUGGCAUCACGUUUUGGUCACCUGGAGCUCAUCUACGGGUGUGCUAAAACUCUAUUUGAACGGAACGUUAACACAAUUUGCCACAAAUUAUAAGAAAAACGUUUCUAUUCAGCCAAAAGGAUAUUUAACGAUCGCACACCAAAGAGUGUUUACCAUUCAAAAGAAUAUUACCUUUGCCUCAAAUAACCGAUUCAGAGGAUAUUUAGACGAACUUGCAAUCUUCGAGAGAGUAUUAAGCCCUACAGAGAUUUCAAUUCUCGCUGAGCCAGGAAUUUUUUGUUUUGGAAAGUCUAGCAAUGAUCCAAAUGUUUGUAAUGGAAGAGGAUCGUGUAUGUCAUUCAACAAAUGCUCGUGCUCUGCAACUUCCAAUGGAACCCAAUGUGAAACCUGUAAACCUGGUUACGUUGGUGAUAAAUGUCAAUACGUGACAUGUGCUGGAAUUCCUUCCUAUAACUCAUCCGUAUGUUUAGGAAGAGGUGAUUGUGUUGGCAUUGACACGUGUGCAUGUACCUAUACUUUUAAAUUUAGUGGACCUAAUUGUGAAAAUUUUACAUGCAAUGACGGACAAGGAUGUCAAAAUGGAGUUUGUACAGUGAAUGUGGGCAAUGAAAAACAACCAGUAGAUAAUAUAUGCAAAUGCAAUACUGGAUACUAUUCGGAAAAUAAUCGAUGUCUCACCAACAAGUGUAACGGAAAAUUUGCUGCAGAUCCAAACGCUUGUUCUGGAAAAGGUACCUGUGUUGGCUUAAAUGUCUGUAAUUGUCAAACAGGUUACCUUGGAGAUGAUUGCCAAUACAGCUAUUGCAUUGGAAUUCCAUCCAAUGACACAAAGGUUUGCCACUCCAGAGGAACAUGCACAGAUCAAAGAUGCUCUUGUAAAUUCUCUUGGACCACUGAUGACGAAACGACAUGUAGCUGCUUGAAUUACAAAACUGAAGAGACAUGUUUAGGAACCGUUCCCAAGGCAUCUGAAGCCUUAAUAGCUACAAAUCCACAACCAGAUCAAUACUUUGUUUUAGUGCCUCCACAAAAUCCAAAAAUUCAAGUCACAAUGAAAGAUGUACCAUCGGUCGGAAACAUUGCAAUGGAUACUUUUAAGAGGAAUUUAUAUUGCUAUUUAACAUUUAACUCACAAGUCACAACUUUUGCAGCAGCAACUAUUUUAAGCCAGCAAGAUAGACCCUGGUGGAAUUUUGAAUUUAACAUUGAGUGUCCUUUAACAAUACCAAAUGGACAAACAAAUGGAACAUUAACUGUUAGGUACAGAGACAUUUACACGCCAGAUAAUGGUUACGUGAUUGCUCAACUUCCUCAAACAGUUGUUGUGAAAAACUUUGCUCUGACAGCUUACAAGUCAAAUGUCAUCAUAUCUGGAGAUCCAAAAAUUUAUAUUUCCUAUAACGUUCCACUUCCGAUCAACUCAAAUAUUUAUCUCUUCAGUAGCUCAGGAUCUGUUGCACUCACUCGUACUUUAGAGACCAUUAAUUUAUAUGAGGGGAAUGCUUAUUACAGUUUAACCAUGUCACCUGCCACUUAUCUUUCCAACACGUUUGGAUCCACACGAGUCCAAUACAUGGAUUACAGCUUGAGUUUUUUACUUUUAAAUCAAAAUACCAUGACUUCCUAUUCAUACCCAAGCAGUAUUAUUGAAAGUGCAUCGGGAGGCCGUCCUGUCUCAUUUGUCAUACUUGUUCAAGGACCCCUUACCAGUGUGACCUCAGAUUAUAAUUGUGUACUGAAAGGAAAUUUAGGUGCAACGACCAAUGUGGGAGUGAUUGGAAUUCAGACCAAUUCGACAAGUUCCAUUGUGACUUGUGCGUCGACAUUAUUGACAGUUGUCGAUAGGUAUUCAGUCUCAGUGGUCUAUAUUGGAAAAUCUCAAAGUGCUGUCAACUCAAAUUAUGCAGUGGGAACAUCGCUUACCAUGGAUAUUGUGAGCGUUCAAACAAUUACCAGCGAACCAGUGUUUGUGACCAGUGACCUGUCAAUUGUCAAAUUUAGAUUUUCCACAAGCACUCCUUAUACGGGUCCGCAAUACAGCUAUGUAUGCAUUUCGAGUAACAACACAAUUUCCAAUGCUGUUCUCUCUGGAUCAAACAUUGAGUGCAACGUUGCCGUACCACAUGAGAACGCCACAACAAGUACCUCACUGUCCAUUUCAGUGAAACACAAUUUGUAUAUGUCCCAAUAUGUUUCACUGUUCACAGCACCUUAUAUUUAUCUCAAUAAGCAAGAUAUUUCCUCUACAGUACCUGCCGUGCUUCAAUGGAAUCUUGGAAAGGUCACUGCUACUUUGAAAGUUUUGUUUACUGUCAACAAAGACUUGAAACAACAAAAUUACUAUUGUCAAGUUGAUGGAAAUAAUUUUCAAGGAACAGUAACAGGAAAUGCAGUGAGAUGCAACAUCGACUAUACACUCUCAAGCCCAAGUUUUGAUAGUAAUGGAAUUUAUUACACAUCUCUUACAAUAGCAGCUGAUAAUGGACAAGGUAUUAUUCCAGUAUCCAACUCUUUCAGUAUACCUAUUGCAGGUAAUUCGAUUACAAUUCAUCCACUUCACACGAGUCGAUUUUUAUAUUCAGAGAAUCAGGCACAGAAUUUUACACUUCAAAACUUUAAGCUCAAUAAGGCAAAAUUCAACUGCUCCAACCUUUCCAUACAAUUGAAUAAUUAUGAAGGAUCAAAAUCUGUGGCUAUUUUUCCUGCGAUAAUUCUUUCAGAUUGUUCAGUGAUUUUCAUGUACAAUCCUAAUACCGUUUCAUUUUCUAACGAGUAUUUCCCUGCAAAUAUUGUUCCAAAAAUUGAAUUUAUUUAUUCAGAUUCAGAGAAGAGCGAAUUAUUGGUGUCUACCAAUUACUACUUUGUGAACAAGUAUUUGAGAAUUUCAGAAUCAUUUCCCUAUGUUAUUGAUUAUUCCAUUACACAAACUCUGAACAGCAUUCUGUUGAAAGUGAUUGCAGAUGGUAAGAUUAACACGAAUUUUGAGUACAAGUGCAUUGUUGGAACCAAUGAGUAUCCUGUCACCAUUUUGACAAGUGACGUGUUUCGAUGUGAUGUCAUCUCAACAGCAUUUGGAGUUUCCUCUCCCUCAACUCUUAAUGUUUACCUCAAUGUCUCUAGAGAAAAAGUCAGCAAUGAUAACAUCAUGGUUCAGACAACAAGAAAUAAUUUCCUCAUUUCAUUCACAACAACCAAAUUUUCACCCAAUUAUUUGAACAUUGCCGAAAAUUCACCACUAUUUUUCAGCUACAGUAAUUCCACUCCAAUGAUUGAUACUGGAUCCUAUUUUACCAAUAACUAUCAAGUCGAAUUGUACUCACCUGCUCUCUCUGUGACAGUUCCUUGUCAAAAAACUCCAUCCAAACAAAUUCUCUGUAAUGUGACAUCGAAUUUGCUUCCAAUCACUACUUCAGUUCAAUCAUUCACUCCAACCAUGAAAUCUACAAUUCCUAUUGAUGGUACCAAUUACAAUACUAUUCUUACUACGAUGAGUCAAAAGGUCAUUUCCUACAAAAUUCAAACCAUUCAAAAGACCUAUCCUAAAGCUUUUAUUUCAAACUCCAUUUCUCCCUUUUACAUUCAAGUUCAGACUUCCUAUGACCCAACACUUAGUAUACAAUGGGAUUGUUUUGCACAAUACGACCAAGCAAAUCCAAACAUUCGAUGGAGUGCCACUUUUUUGCAAAAUGGAAUUCUUGUUUGUCAUGUGAAUAGUACCAUCCUCAAUAAGGCAGUGAGUGGUAUUGUCAAUCUUGGAGUUUAUUUCUCUGUGAAUAGUUUUACAAUGGACAACCAACCAUUACAGUUUUCAACAUUCAGUCCAUCCAUUUACUCUCUAACGACAGGAACCACUAAAAUUGUGUCAAAUGAUACAAUCUUAACUGUUGGAUCUUCCUUCAGCUUGAAUAUUACACAUUCCCAAACCAUUCCAACAGAAUUGAUUACUAGUGGCUUAGCUGUUUGUGUUUUGGGAAAUACUGUAGUUGGGUCCGUGUAUGGAACUUUGACAUCCAUGGGCAUGAAUAAGUAUACUUGUGCUUUUGCGACAACUUCAAAAACUUAUGGACUUUUAACACUCACGGUUGGAUAUUACGAAACAUUUGCAACACUUUCAAAAGUUUUUGAAUUUUCACUUUCUAACAAUACGGAUCAAUGGAUUACCACCAUUCCACUUGUAUCGAUUCAAUCCGUAUCUCAGAGUCUAGUCCAAACUGGAAGACCAUUUUCUCUCACAGUGAUGACUUCGUUUAACACUACAGCAUCUUUUGGAGUUCCAACUUCCUAUGUUUGCAUUUGGGAGAAUAGUACUGGAUCGACACGAGAAGUGGCAGCCCUAAUCAUCAAAGAAGGAAUCUUUAAUUGUUCAUUGACAGAAACAAUUUCUGGACUUUACAAGCUAUCGAUUGGAAUUAUUUUGAAUUUCAAGCCAUCCAGUCGAAUUACCAAUGCUCCGGUUGCAGUUAGUGUGAUUGGAGGAUCGUUUUUCACACCUUCGUAUGGUCUUAUUGGUGGAGAUACCAUUUCAUUGUUAGCAGAUUUUGCAAACACUCCCACAAUCAAUGCAUACGUUAUUGGAGAUGAUUCUGCAGUAUUUACAUGUUCAUUGGUGAGCGAUCAGAAAUAUUCAUGCAUGACACCUAAUUUACUAACCAAUCCAAAUUCGUACAAAACAUUUUAUCCAUAUCCAGUGAAAGUGAAUAAUAAUCGAAUGACUGUUUCAUAUAUUCCAUACAUGCAGGUAAAUGUCACGAGUGUGUUUCCUCCAUUUGUGUUGGAAGGAAAAUCAUCCGAAGUGACUACUACAUUCUCAGCUCCAUUGACCUUGUAUACUAACACGAGUUUUGUACUCGAGUUCUUUGAUGGAUUUAACACCAAGAUUGAAACCACUCUUGGAUUUUCACAAGUUCAAAGUACAUCAGAGAUUAAGGUAUCUUCGUAUUUUGGAAAGGCAGCUAAUUAUAUCAUUUCUGCUUCAACAAAUCAUCUCGUGGAUGGUUAUCCUGUGCUUAUUAAUAUUGUAUCUAAUGGCGGUUUGUUCCAAGUGUUGCAACCUUUUGAUGUCCAAUUGUCCUCUUCACAAAGUGAUAUUUUACUGAUCAAUGUGAUGAAUGAACUGUUAUUAGAUGUCAAUUACAGAUCACUGACGCCAACAGAUGCUGUCAAGCAAAAUUUAUAUUGUGACAUGGGAGGUCAAAUCACAAAAGCUCAAAUCAGUAAUAAUGUGAAUGGAGUAGACAAGUUAAAAUGCAACGUGACAAGUACAUCCAUUGGAAGCAAUUCAGUGAAAAUUAUUUAUUCAAAAGAUGGUUAUGUGGAGACAUUGAGCUCUUUGAUUUCAAUCUAUUUUGAGAAAAAUUAUGUGCCUCUCAAUGUCACACCAUUUGUUUCUUUGACAAGUCCUGUGGAUGUUGCAGUAGUAUUGAAUGGAAAUCCUUUCGUGACGACUGAUCUACUUUUUGUUUGUGCUUCAGAUGUAGCGUCUGCGCUUGCAGCUUCUGAGGCCAUUGUUUCUGGAAGUAAUAUUCAAUGUCGAUCUCUUCAUGGAAAUACCAAAACAGCAUUUGACGUCUAUGUCAUGAGUAGACUUCGAACCAUUCCGUACAAAUUGACAUCAACACCAUUUAACAUUUAUUUCCAGACAGUACAAUCGAUCUAUUUUAUUAAUCCAUUUGUCACCACUCUCAGUGCCAACUCUCUGACACUUCCAACCAUUCAAGUGUCCAUUCCUGAUAUUCAAAUUCUUGAAACUGGAAAAGUAGUGUGUUUGGCUUAUUUUGGAUCUAAUUUACAGCAAGCAGUUUUAUUGAACCAAAUUACACAAGGAACCGUCAAUUGUCCAUUCACUCAACAAAUUACCAAUUCAAUUGGAUCCAAAGGAAGUGUUGAUAUAAGUUUGGGCGUGUUCGAUGAUUUCUCCAAGUCAUACAUUUUGAUCACAAAUAAGAAGAAAUUAACCUAUGUCAGUGCUCCCAUUGUCAUUUCAAAUUGGAAUUCAGCUGACAUUUCAACAUCAAAUUUCAAUGGCAAAUCCUUCCAACUUAACUUUGAUACAUCUGCCUCCAACUUGAACUACAAUGUUAAAAUUAACAAGGACAGUGGAUAUUUAGAUUUGGGUAGCUCUGUAGGUGGUGGAAUUUUAUCAUUUGUUGCACCUUUUAUUGUUUCCAAGGAAAAUUAUUCAUCAAGCUCUCCAUCAAAUUACAUUGCUGAACCAUCAAUUCCAGUAAGGAAAACAAUGUUGCUUGAUGUCAUCAAUACGGACAUGCCAGCCUCUAAUCCUAGCCGAGUUUCACAAAUUAGCAUUACUUCACUCGUGGUUUAUGAUUUUGUACAAGUUGACAAAAUUUCACCCUAUGCUCUCACAAUUUCGGAUAUUGUGACCAGAGGAAGUGGAUUCAGUAAGGCCAUUGUCAGCUUUUCGAAAUAUUCCAUUGAUUCAAAUUUUUCUCCAAUUACAUGCAAAGUGUGGAAUGGAGCUAGUUCUUUCAGUGUGGCCAUUAAUCCAAUUUCUUCCAUGAGUGUAGAGUGUUCACUUCAACAAAUCACAGGAACACCUGGAAAGUACAACAUUCAACUCGAGUAUAAUUCAAACUCCAUUACUCUUGCUAAAUCCAUUACAAUAUUACAAACAGGAUUGUCAUUAUCUAGUAGUAACACUAUUGGUUCUCCAUUGGGAGGAACUAACAUUUCACUUCCAUUCUCAAUUGAUUACCCAACCAAUCAGACUUGGAGUUCCUAUUCCUAUUCCAUGUCAUUCCUUUAUCAAAAUAAUUUAAUUCCAUUUUCUUCAUGCUCCAAUAGUGUGACUAAUAUGAUUCGUUGCAUGACACCAAAGAUGGAUCUCGGCUAUUUGAAAUCACUCCAGUUACCAGUUGUGGUAUUGAUUGACAACAUGCCAUCCAUGACACUAAAUCCUCAACUUUCAAUAUUAAGGCAACCAUUGGUGAGUUAUAUUUCACCAUCAUUUAUUGAUCUACAAAAGGUAUACACAGCUGGUGAUCGAAUGACAUUCACAUUUGAUUCAAAAGUAGAUUAUAGAUUUAAACCUGCUGUGCGUUAUAGAACCAUCUCCAAUCCUCAAUUAGUGACCAAUGACAUUUGGACAUGCUACAAAAAUUCAGAAAAAUCUAUCAGUUGUCCAAUGCCAAGCAUUGUCAUCAAUUCGAAUGGUUUCAUUCUCGUAGAUAUUAGUUUUGAUUCAUUCCAAUCCUUUUACACUCAUUCUUCCACUAUUGAAAUGAGUACAGUUUCUUCCUUAUCUAUUUAUCAAGUGAGUCCUCAACUGGUCGAAAUAUUAACACCAACAAUCGUGUCUAUUACUUUAUCAAACGCUCCAAGAAAUGUUCAACCAAAAGUUAAAUUGUUUGACGAUAUGAUGAGUGUGAUUUAUGAUGCAACAUUUAGUGACAUUUCCAAUCAAAUUACAUUUUCAACGAAACAAAUUUCACAUCCAACGCGUUCACUCUCAUUCAAGCUCUCUCUUGCAAUUUCCAUAGAUAAUGGAUAUUCUUUCAUCAGUAAGGGAGAUUUUAUUAAUUUUUAUUCAAGUGUUGUUUCUGUUUAUCCCAAACAAGGUAUUGCUGGACAGUUUGUGAAUAUAACUCUGAGUGGAGUUCCUGAAUCGACACUUUCUUCACAACUAGGACUGAAAUUAAGAUUGAAUGGAGUUGAAUACUCGACCACACCAUGUUCCAUCUACUCCAAUCAAUACUUUUGUUUGACUCUUCCAACGAUUGCAGGUUCUUAUCAUGUCAUUCUUUAUCGUAGAGACACUUUUGAAGAAUUGAGAGGUUUUGGAAAUUUAAUGUACAAUAUUGUCGAUCCACCACUCUAUCGUGGUUUGUAUCCAUCUCUCGUCUUCUCUUUCACCUCCAAAAUUUCAAUUCAAGGAACAUUUUCACUUGGUUUCGAUAAGAAUCAAGUCUUUGCGAAAAUGGUUGUGAAAAAUGUCAUGAGAAGUAUUUUACAAGGAGAGACACAAGCACCUCUUUCUGUCAUUGCUGUUGGACCUUCGAGUAUUGACCUCGCUCCAACAUUAGCAUCCAAUGCGUUGCCUUCUGGAGUUUAUAAUCUCAUGCUAUCCAUUGACUCUGGAAUGACUUUUACAAAUGUUCAAACCAUGAAUUACACAAGUGCUCUUUCUAUCAAACGAAUUCGAAAUGCAACUCCUGAUUUUGCAUUGGACGGACAAAUUUUAACCAUUGUUCCAAAUAAUUUGUACAUUUCAUUUGAUAAUGAUCUUCCAUGCUAUGCAUCUUCUUCAUUGAAAUUCCAAAUUACCAGUUCGUCAAGUAUUUCUUCAAUUUCCAUGAGCUUGGAUUCCAUUUAUGCCAAAACAAGUUUGACAGGUAGCUCAGUAUUUGAAUGUAGUGGUACGGAAAUGUACAUCUUAUUCCCUGCUCUCAAUGAAACAUUAUCACAAUAUUCAUUGCUUGGAUUCCCAUUUACAGUUUCAUUUGGAAUUACUUUUAAUGACAUUGAUGUUUAUUCUACUUCAGUAAUUUUGAAAAACAAGUACGAUGAGCCACGUCUUGUCAGUGUUUAUCCUUCCAUUAUUGAAAGAAAUCUUCCUACUACAGUUGUCAUUACAGGUGAAAAUUUAGCUGCAGCUGUCGGAUGUCAAUUCAAUUUACCAGAUUCUACAAUUGUACGAGUUCCAAAAAUCCCAAGUAGUGUCAUUUAUGAAUUUUCCUGUCAAGUUUCAGCACAAAUUGCAAAUUUCACACGAUUCACCGUUCAGCUCUAUACUUCCAAACAAGAGCUCAGUAACACUUAUUACAUGUACACUCAUGAAAAACUCAAAAUUUUGAGUGUGAGCCCAAAACAAAGUUGGACCUAUGAAAACAUUCUAGUGACACUUGCUGUCGAAGGAAUUGAUCUUUCCCUCAAAAAUGUUCAAGACGUACGAGCCAUGUUUGGUUCCUUCCUUACUAGUGAGCCCUGUAGUGUGGAAUCAAGCACCAGUAUUACUUGUAAAUCUCCAAAACGUGAAAAAGGUUUCACAUCCAUUUCAAUUAGUUAUAAUCGAAGAGAUUGGUACUCUUUGAAUGGUGAAAUUUAUAAUCCUUCCACACUUUCUGCUGCAGCCAAGUCCAUGUUUGAAUUUGUGGCUUGUCCUGCCGGUUAUGGAAGUCCAUCUUUUAGAGAACCAUGUUUGGAAUGUAAGCCAGGAUUUUACAAACCCAAUAAUGGAAGUAAUGAUUGCAUCAAAUGUGCUCAAAGUUCAUAUUCCACAAGUUAUCGAGCAACUGAAUGCAUUCAAUGUCCUGUGAAUUCUUUCACACUUGCAGAAAGUGCAAAUUCUCUAGAGCUCUGUAUUUGUAAAUCUGGUUACUAUUUGAAUCCAAAACCUAAAUCGGACUUGUCAGAUUAUUGUCUACCUUGUGAUCCUACUAGUAUGAUUUGCAAUCCAGGAUCUAAACAUCCCUUACCAAAAUAUGGUUAUUGGAUUGGAACACAUGAUAAUUUUACUGUAUAUAGUUGUGUUCCAGCAGAAGCUUGUGGUGGAUAUUCCAUCAACAAUUGUACCGCUGGUUACAUUUCUGGAAAAUGUGGAGCUUGUGAUAUUGGUUAUUACAAAUUUAAUGGUUUUUGUUCCAAAUGUGGAUCAGAUGCUAUUUGGAGAUUAUUAGGAUUUGGUCUCGUGAUGAUUGUCGUUGUUUUGGCCUUCUUAUUAAUUAGUAGUAUUAAGGUGGCUCACUUGGCCUCUAUUUCUAUUGCUCUUUCAUUCUUCCAAGUUGUUGCCAUGUUCACAAAAUAUCAAAUCAAAUGGCCCGUAGCUAUGGAAUAUUCUUUUACAGCAAGUUCAGCAACUAUUUUCAACUCUGAUUUUAUUAAUCCUAAAUGUAUCUUUGCUGAGAUGAGUCACGUCACGAAAUGGUACAUUGUCACACUGUUCCCAUUUUAUAUUUUAAUAUUAUUUAUCGUGUUAUUUAUUUUGGGAGUGAUUCGAAAUGCCAUUGUGAAUCGAUAUGGACAUUUAGUGAAAUACGAAUAUUGGGAACCUUAUCGAUAUCAUGACGAUUUGAACGAAGCUGAAUUUUUAAUGCAAAAAGAAAAAGAAAAACAUGAAACAAUGAAACAAAAGAUAAUUCGACUAAUCAAAGAGCAAGUCUAUGAUUGGAAGAUUUGGAUCAAAAACUUAUACGUAUGGUUGAGAAAUCUCUUGGUGUGGAUGUGUAAAGAAAAGAUGACACCUCGUCAGAUGAAAAUUUUCUUUAACCAACUGAUCAAUGGAUUUACUGCAUUUCUCAGUUUUACUUUUGCUUUUAUAAUUUCACAAGCAAGUGACAUUUUCUAUUGUAUUUCACAACCUGACCAUACGUGUGCACUUGUUGCAAGUCCAGAUAUUAAUAUUGGAGAUCCACAAUGGUAUGCCAUGUUACCAUUAUCAAUUUUAUACUUUUUAAUAUUUGGUUUGGGAGCGUUGGUCUUCUUUUUGGGUCUCUAUAUUUACAAGAAACAGUUGAAACUUCAAAUUCGAAGAGAUUUAUUAAUUCAUAAUCCUGACUUGUCGAAACAAGAGUUGAAGAAGAUGAAAUGGAAAGCAAAGAAUCCAGUCUUGUUGGAGAGAGUGAAAGAUUUUGAUUUGAGAUUUAAAUAUAUACAAAUGAGAUUUAAAAAGAGAUUAUUCUAUUGGGAAAUUAUAAUCACGUGUAGAAAGUUGUUGCUCUCAAUUUUCAAUACCUUUUUAUUGCCGUUACAAACAGUGACAUUUGCAUUGAUCACAGUAUUUGUGGCAUUUUUAUUGCAUUCACAAUAUGUACCUUUCAAGACCAAAUUCCACAACUUGCUUGAAUGGGUGUCAUUGGUGUGCACCGAGUUGGUGUUAUUCUUUGGAUUAUUGUUUUUAGUGGACAACAAUGUUUGGUUAGGAAACAGUUCUCUUCGAAGUUUCUGUGAAUGGAUUGCCAGUAUUGUCAUUGUGACCUCCAUUGUUAUUGUGUUGGGCAUGUUGAUUUAUGACAUUUAUGUGAGAAGAAAGAAAGACAGGAAAAAGGAACGACAAGCACGUCUGGAAUUGGAAAAGAAGUAUGGUAAAGAAAAUGCCAAAAAACUGCAACAGCUCUAUAACAAACUCUUUGGUAAUGCCAUGACUAAUAUGACCAAAGUUAUUUUACUCGAUGAAGACGAACAAGAAAAGUGGCACAUUAUUGAAAACCCAUUGUGUGAGCACAAUGAUGAAUUUGAAGACGAUGAAUGGGAAGUUGUUGAGAAUGAAUUAUUUAUUCCAGAUGAUCAAGCUGCCUAUGCAAGAAUGAAAACUGCCAAACGAAAAGUAGAGUUCAAUUUGACUUUGUUUGAAUCAGAUCAUGAGUCCAGUGAUGAAGAUGAGUGUCACACCAUUCGUGACAUCAUGGAAGGCCUUGUGAAUUUGAAACGUAUCCGAAAGAAGGUUCGACUCGCAAAGGCAAAGGGAAGAAAAUGA